AUGGCACGGAGGUUCGUCUUCGGCAAUGCUACUCUACGAAUGGGACUUUUGUCACCCUGGUUUGCGGCACAUAAACAUGGGGCCCGAGAGCCACUCCCACUCCCACUCCCACCACCAUCCAUCCAUCCCAUCACCCAAUGCUUUGACCUGCAGCCGGGUAUCUCGCCUCGUUUCGCCGAAUGGCACGACCAAACAUACCCACGAUUCGGUUCAGAUUUCAUUAUUCUCGGCCUAGCGACGCUUUUGGCAAUCUGCCAUGGCGUGCUGUGGCAUGGCUUUGGCUUUGGGCUUCGCGAAGCCUUCUAG